AUGGAGGUGGCGGAAGACGGGGUGCGGGGCCCCGCGCUAGAGGCCCUGGGCAAGCUGGCACACAUCCUGGAGCCUACAGGCCUGCAAGAGGAGGCAGAGCUGCCGGCCCAGCUCCUGGCGGAGUUUGUGAUGGACUCCCGGAAGAAAGACAAGCUGCUGUGCAGCCAGCUGCAGGUGGUAGACUUCCUGCAGAACUUCCUGGCUCGGGAGGACACUGCCCAGGGACCAGAGCCCUUGGCUUCUGAAGACGCCAGCCGGCAGAAGGCAAUUGCUGCCAAGGAGCAGUGGAAAGAGCUGAAGGCCACCUACCAAGAGCAUGUGGAGGCCAUCACCAGGGCCCUGAGCCUGGCCCUGCCCAGGAUGGAGGAGGCCCAGAGGAAGCGGGCGCAGCUCCAGGAAGCCCUUGAACAGCUCCAGGCCAAGAAGCAAGCAGCCAUGGAGAAGCUGAGAACAGCCCAGGAGCAGUGGCGGCUGCACCAGGAGAAGCGUCUGCAGCAGCUGGCGGAAGCUUCUGCGGAGGUGAGGCUGCGGCAGACGGGGGCCCAGCAGGAGCUCCGGCGUCUGCAUCAGGAGCUUGGAGCCCUACGGCAGCAGGCGGGGCAGGAGCGGGACAGGCUACAGAGGCACCAGACCUUCCUCCAGCUGCUGCACACCCUGCAGGGUCAGCUGCCGUUUCCCGAGGCAGAGACGGAGCCCCCACGGAAGCUGGACCCUGCUGAGGAUGAGCCCCAGCAGCGGAACACCGGGGAUGCCGUGGGGAGAGACGGGGCUGGGCCAUCCGAGGCUGACGGCCCACCACCUGCUGUGGCCGCAGGCUCGCCGUGCCUCCCUGAGGGGCAGCGCCACGGGAAAGGAAGCUAG